AUGACUUCAAGUACCUCAAAGUGGUCACCUGAUGGUGAGACGUACAUUGCUGCGGACUGUGGAUUGAAUGUUUUCCCGCCUGAAGUCUUUGAUAAAAGUCAUAGGAAUGUUAAGGGGAUAUUGCUGAAUGGAAACAAUAUUUCAGAAAUUCCAGAAAAUAUUUCUUGUUUACGUCACCUGGAAUGGCUGGACUUAUCUGACAACAAUCUCGGAACAAUUCCAGAUAACAUUGGAAACCUUUCUCAACUGACAUAUCUGUCUCUGAAGGGCAACCCAUUGAUAAAUCUACCCAUGUCUUUGAGAAGACUAAAGAAUCUGCAUACAUUUACCUGUGACACCAUAGAUGGUAUUUGUGAACAAAAUGUGCGGAUUUGGAACAACAAGACGGAAACCAGACAACUAUUUGAUAAAAUAUUUGAAACAACAG